CUCUUUUCCUCUGCCUCGAUAACUGCAUAGUAGAAAGACGAAGAGAACGGUUUGAGGCCAAACAAAAUAAGAAAGGAAGAAGAAACAACAGAAGGUCGAAUCGGCUGCGGUUUAUUCAUCUGGCUCCGGCGACUUUCAUAUCGCUUCUCUGAAUAAUUUCCUCCAACUCUUGUUCAAGCUCCCUCUUUCAUUCAACAAGACGUUGUCGUCUCUGACGUUGUUGACUCACCGUUUUCUGAAUUGAUUCAGGGCAUUUUGUUACUGGUUGUUAUUUGAUGGAAAGUGUGGAAGAUAAAGAACCAGCUUUGAAACGAGCAAAAUUGUCUUCUCAAGAAUUAGUCAGUCUCUCUAACGGUUCAACUUCUAAGGUGCGUGUUGUAUGUUCAAGUGACAUAUCAGCCGAAGGGGACGACGAAGAUGUUGCUUCAAAAGGGGUCUUAAAAAGAGGGGAGUUUGUAAGGAUGAUCACGAAGGCGUUGUAUUCUCUUGGUUACAUAAAGAGUGGGGAACACUUAGAGGAGGAGUCUGGCAUAUCUCUGAAUUCGUCUGCGGUAAAUAUGUUUAAGCAGCAGAUACUUGAUGGUGAUUGGGACAAAAGUGUAGCCACAUUGAAUCAAAUUGGUCUAGAAGAUGAAAGCAUUAUCAAGGCUGCCUCAAUUUUAAUAUUAGAACAGAAGUUUUUUGAGCUUCUUGACGAGGAUAAGGUCAUGGAGGCAUUAAAGACAUUGAGGACUGAGAUUACACAUCUUUGUGAUGACAGUACUAAAAUUCGCAAACUUUCUUCAUGCAUGUUGUCACCGUCUGGCCAAGGAGCAAGGACUCGGUCAAAACUGUUGGAGGAACUACAGGAUCUGAUUCCCCCGACUGUGAUGAUACCUGAAAAGAGACUGGAACAUCUUGUUGAACAAGCCCUCAUCUUGCAACGAGUAGCUUCCUUGUGUCACAACUCAUUGAAUAAGAAAAUGCCAUUGAAUCCAGAUCAUUACGAAGGAAAAUCUGAGAUAACUUUAGAUCAAUUAGCUAAUGCUUCUGCUAAUUCUGAUAAUAAUGAUGAAAUGGUGACCUUGACCAGAGCAGAUUUUGAAAAAUUUGCUACAUGUUCUGUUAAAUUGGACAGGCUAGAAGAAGACUAUAAGAAGUUGGUGAGCAUGCUUUCUGAAGUCGUGAACCUGCUUCGAGUUCUUCCUCGGUAGAUUUUAAAUUCUGUUCAUGUUUUGAUUUUUAUCAAUGAAUUUUAGAUUUUAUGAUAUGUGAUCUUUAUUUUUAUAUGUACUUUUUGGUUGGAUGCCAAAAGGAAUAGAAUAUUGAAUUGAACCUUGUAUACUUUCAAUGCCAUUAGCUAACUCACUUAUAUAGUUAUAUGCUCUCAUUUAUGCCCAGAAAUGUAAA